UAAUAUUAGUAACUUCGACUGACAAGAAUCAAUCGCCGGACGUAAUUUGAAAUUGCCGCCCAAAAUGGAAACCUAUCAUUUGAUCUUUAUGCUAUCUUAAUUUUUGUAAAUAAUUCAUUUCUGAUUUUUUAUGGACUGUAUUUUAUGUGUAUACAACCCCGAAUACAUAACGUUUCAAUAUUUUGACUGAAAUAUAAAGAAUAAGUACUCAUUUGAAUUUGAAGUUCUCAGCUGAUUGAAGACAACAAUUUUGCUGGAGUAACAUUCAGGUGUGGCCGGACCAUUGUUGUUAAUAGCAUUUGCCUCAUGUUCCCUAUUGCCUCUACUUUCUGAUGCGGAUAUAUGUUGGAAGAAUGCAUAUUUGAUGAGAGACACGCUGUUAGGAAAUAUUGGGAUCAUAGGACUCCUGAAGGGCAGCAGGUGGGGGUGGCUCUCGAGUGCCUUCGGGUGUAGCUCACCAUCGGAGGCCAGCCAGACCUUCACCCUGAGACACACCUGCCACACCUGCCAGGCACAACCUCACGCCAGGAGCCAUGGGCUGGUGAUGUCAACGUUAUCCAUGAUCACCUGCCUCAAGUCCACACUUAAGUAGUAAUUACAAUGGCAAGUAUCAAAGUCCCUGAACAAAAAAUAAUAUUGUGUGGAGAGUAUGGCGUUGGAAAAAGUUCACUAUUCCGACGUUAUGCCACAAAUACAUUUGUUACAGCCACAGAUAGGAAAUCUACAUUGGGAUUAGAUCAUUAUGAAAAAGUUUACAUUUCUGGAGACAAAGAAGUAAAGCUUCAGCUUUGGGACACUGGUGGUAUGGAAAGAGUAGCCAGCAUAACAUCCUCUUAUUAUAAAUUUGCUGAGGGAGCAAUUCUGGUGUUCGCACUAGAUAAUCCUGACUCCUUCAAUAUCCUCUCACAGCAUCUUCUCGAUAUUGUAACAUAUGCAGAAAAUGCCAAGAUCUUCCUCUGUGGUAACAAAUAUGAUCUAAAGAGUCAAAUUCAAGUCACUGAUGCUGAUAUGGAAAAUUUCUGUGAACAGUGUCACAACCUUAUAUCUGGAAUAUACAAGACUUCUUGCAAGACUGGUGCAGGUGUAGAAGAAAUGUUUGCUGACAUAGCAAGACAACUUAGUGAUUCAAAUAGGUCUCGAAAAGAACUAGAAACCAUGAACAAAGAUUCUUUUAAAGUGACUCCUCCAGAAGGUGAACCUGAGGAUUCAUGUUUAUGCUGAGUUUGGGAGAGCAGUAGACUGAUCAUCCCAUGCAGCUGUCUUUGUUCUCCUGAUAUUCAGUAUACCCAUUUUCUUUAACCAGCUAUAAAAAGAUUUGUACAGUACCGGUACAUCUAAAUGUGGAUGUAUGUCAGCUGUUUUUUAUGUACCUUUUUGUGUCCUGCCAAUUUUAUAUAGGGUCUUAUAAAAUUAAUUUAUAAAUCUAAAUAUUGUUUAUUUUUUAAAUUCAUAAUGUACUGUACUAUGGACUUCCCGUGUAUGAUUACAGUACACUGUUAUACUGUCUAUUAAAAUCUGAAAGAGAAUGCAGUACUUUUUGUUAGUUAUCAGGAGUUUGUUUCACUCAUACACACACACUCAGGUUUCAGUAAUUCCUGAAACCGGCAACUUCACGAACAAGAGGACACAGUUUCAAGCUAAGGAAACAGAGGUGCCGAAAAAAACAUUUGAAAGUUUCUUUUGCAAACACAGUGGUGGACGGUUGAAACAAGCUAAGUGAGAAGGGGGUGGAGGCCAAAACCGUCAGUAGUUUCAAAGUUUUAUACGACAGAGUACUGGAAAGACGGGAAACUACGAGCUUAGCUCUCAUCAUGUAACUACACUUGGGUAAUUACAUACACACACACACACACAUUAAUAUUUAAGGCAUGGCAUUGUGCAUCAUAAGAUGCUUGUGUAUACUAUAUUUUGUAUUUAUGAAGAAUUUUUACCUUCUAAAGGAAGUUCAUUGUACUAGUCUGUCAGUUUUAAUUUUUGUAUUAUUAGAGAAGGGUCCACUUAAUUGUUAUAUGCAUAAGUCAUGUAUGAAGUUCUUUAGCUGUUGUACAUGAAUAGUAUUUUCAGGAGGAAAUUAAAAUAGAAGUACAGUACAUCAAGCCUCAAACCUAUUUCAAAUAAUUGAUACCUUUCACACAAACAAAUUUAAAAAUAAAUAUCAUGGUUUUCAUAUUUUUUCUGGCAGGUUCCCCCUCCCCUCUCUCUAGCUUCCUGAGCUACCCACCUGGAGUCCUCCAAAUGCAGGGACCACACUAUGCUCUAACAAAUCACGAGUGCCUACCUGAAAACCAGGACCAGAACAUGGCCUACCUGCAACUACUGUAUAUUAGAGAGGGAAAAAUGCCAGAGAGGUGGAAAACACCAAAACAAGCAACUGCUUGGAUAACAUUUGCAAACCUGAUCCGAACUCUCUAACUCUCGUUGGCUUUGGGGAUCAACGUCCCUGCAGCCAAUCAACUGCCCCAACCCUUACCAUCAUAUAGCAGCCCUAGCAACCCAGGGUGUCUGAUGCAGCUAUCUCAGGCAUUAACUGGGUAACUGUUGCAUAAUAGUGCGGUCAUCUGGUGUAACAUCAUUCAGUCAAGUGUUGGUCAUACAGUGGAUUCUAUCCUGCACAGAGGCCUGUGCUUUUCUUUGUUCCUUUUCUGCUUCGUGCAUGUGUCUUUCUUGCCGACCUGUUGGCUGUGCCUUGAUCACUUCGCUUUGGCUGCAUGUGGCCAGAAUUAUCUUUUCUGGUUACCCGUUGGUAUUGCCCCUACCCUUGAUCAUACUGUAGUUUUCUUUCCUGAGAGGGUUCGGGAGUCUACACCUUGAGGUUUACUCUUUUCGAGGUGCCUCACCACAGGUAGUACAAGUGCUUCAGCUCCUCUGCAGGGCUCAGUGGUUCGAUUGUGCAGGGAGUUAAUUAUCUUCAGAGGUUAAGCUGCAGGUUUGAUGCCAACUUCUACUCUGGUGGCAACUUGUACUUCCCUUCACCAUGUUUUCCUAGAUUUGGGGUUGGUAUAAGUCUUCAAGAAUGUUCCUCAGUCCAGUCUCCUUGAUGGUCUAUCUUGUAUUGGGUGCUGGUAGUUUUCCCGCAGGUCUCAUUUACGGGAGGUUCUUCUGCUGCCACCUUUGCUGUUGUGGUUUUUCUGGGCUUUUCUUGGUUUUUAUGCUUUCCACUGGUCACCCUUCUGUCUCCACCAAGUCUGCCUGCAGAGUUGAAGGAUAUUUUCAUCCCCUAUUUUUUGUAGACCUGUUCCAUCUGCUGUUUUCUUUGCUUCUUGGGCCUGGGCGGUUAUUCUGGUUAAUUUCUCAUGGCUCUUCUGCACCCCUCCCAUCACAGUCAGCCCUUUUGUAGUUUUACUCUCUGUCAUGAGGUAGAUCAGGAAGAUGCAGAGGGAAGCUCUCCCAGAAAUCCAGCAUGGAAUGUAAAGAAAUGCCUCUUUCUGGCAGAUCUUUUCUGUAUCUCUAUUCAUGAACUUCCCUUCUCUCCAUGAUGUUAGGGGGGAAUCUUGUUUUUGUGUUACGUGAAUGACUAGUAACUGACUCCUAGGUUUCCGGGGCUGCCAUCUAGUGACGAGGGCAUGAAGAUGUCUAGUAGUUGGUUGUGGACAGUGAGUGUGUAUGUACUGUACUGUACUUCAAAUUAGGGUUGCUAAUGCUGUAAAUGCUUCUGCUUGUUUUGGUGCAUUCUGACUUUGUUGGCUUUUCCUUUGGUAAUGUGGUUUAUCUAAUAUACCCACUUCCGCCGUGCCUCUCUUGAGAGGACCUUUUAGUUCUGGCUUCUAGUAUGUGCUCAUGAUUCAUUAAAGAUUGAUGUGGUACCUGAAUUUGGAGGACUCCAGGUGAGUAGCUUGGGAAGCCAUGGAGGGGCCUACCAGGAAGAGUUUUUAUAACAUUGAAUACUAGAAUUUUUAUGUUGCUUCUUUCUGUGCUUUUUAGUUAUUUUAUUUUAAAAUAAAUUUUAUUUGAAUGGUGACCCAAGGAACCAAUCAACUCCAUUGAUUGGUUCUACUUAGAACCAAUGUUCUACCUUUACUUAGUUUAACUGAAAUUCAUUAAUUUAUUAAUUACUAAAUUUGAAAAAUGCUUAAUAAAUCCUGCUGUAUUAAGUCCUGGUUUGCUAGCAAGCAAAAUGAAUUAUCCUAGACUUGUUGCUGUUUUACCCAGCCUUUAUUUGAGGAAUUGUGUAAAUAUCGUGAGCCUUCCGACAUAUACAGCCAGGAUUUAUGAUAAAAGGUUACGUUAUAGACUUAUUCAUAUUCAUUCAUUCACUGGAUUUUGAGUACUUAACAAGUAUGAUGGUUUUUAUAUUUUGUAAAAAAACUAAUCAUCAUUGCUUAAAUUAGUUUGAUGUACAUGUAUGUAGUUUUUUUUUUAGCAGCAUUUCAAAAGAAUAUAUGGUUGUUUGCAGUAAAUUGUAUGAGCAGGCAUUAAAUUUAUAGUUACAUAAUAAUGAGACAUCAUUUACAUACUUUAUGUAUUGCUAUUGUCUGUGUGUUUCCAAGUAUUCUUCACUAAAUUUUUAGCUUUAAUCUAUAUCAUUAGGGAUCAUGCCAUAUAAUAAAAAAAAGUAAUUGUUAUUGCGUCUGUUAGCUGUCCUGUAUGCCAGUUGUGUUGAAUGAUAUCUUGAAUAGGUUUUAUAAACGUUUUAUAAGAAAUUAUCUACAAAGAAUUAAAAAAUGAAACCUCAAUGAAUGGGAUUUGCUUCUAUGUGUGUUAGACUGUGUGAGACAAAAGUUUGAGCAUACUGUACUUAGAAGUUAUUUAUAUAUUAUGCAAUGAUUGAAAAGCUUGCAAAAAUGUAAGGAGAUACACAAAUGCAGAGAAACAGAGUAAGGGAUCAAAAUGUUGGUGUUCUCAAAACAUUUGUAUACAAGAUGCUGCUGUACUACUUAUAGCAAUUAAUAACUUAAAGUUCAUGAAAAGUCUUUUAUUCCACUCAGUUUUUGAACUCUCUACCCCAUUGUUAUUUUGGCAUUCUCUUCUCUUGAUUACUUAGGCACCUGAAACAUUAGUAGCCAUGAUUGUAGGACUAUUUAGUCAUUUGUUCAUUGAUACACCCUAAACAGCUUUACUAAUUGAUGUUAGCUGGAUUGAAGCCAUGUUAACAGACUUGGAGAGUAGUAGAACUUUCAAAAUUGACCAUAGGUAAACUACAGUAUAAAUGGCAUAUUAUACAUAAGCACAGAUGAAAAAAAUUGCUAAAUUAAUAUUUUAACUUGCUGUAAGGUGCCACAUAGUCUCCCGGCUUGGUGCCUUCUUUUGAUAAUUACCAGCUGCAUGUGAACCAAACACUUGGAUAAUUUUCUUAAUGAGUGAAGAUAUCAAAACUUGAAUAAAUAUUGUUUCAUAAGAUAUAUAGUAAUUAUGUUGUGCCAUUCUUUAUUUUUUAUUUGUACAUGUUCAGUAAUACUGUGUGUAAAAUUUUAUUUUUUUAUGUGUACUGUAUAUUAAUAUGGAAAAUAUUAAUACUGUAAUUUAUUAUUUCUGUUGCUGAGAAUCAUCAUAAAUUAAUUACCAUAAUGUACACAAUAUCUAGUAGUCAGUCAAAAUACAAAAUAAGUUGAAAUAGGCAGGAAAGAUGUACCAAAUGUAACAUUAAUACACAUCUCUCGUGUAGGAUAGCAUCUUUGGAGGUAAGAAACUGCACAGUAGUUUAGUCUAUGACCUUUACAGACAAGUAUGGUAAAGCCAAUCCAUUCAAGCUCCACAACCCAACUUAAAUCACGCUGGUAGUACAUGAGUUGGUGUACUAUGGCAAACCUUUAGGAAAAGUUGACUGUAAAACAAAACAAAAAAGACUGCAGAUGAAUUUAAAAAACAAACUAUAAAGUCACAGCACUCAUAAAGUAACUGUGAUAUAUCCAGCAACUCAAUUGUUUAAUAUGAUAUAGCUUAUAAAUAAAGCAAACGUAUAAUAAAGCAAUGGUUAUACUGUACAAGCGCCGACAACUUCUAGAGAUGAAUCAUACUAGAGCAUUGCUGUAUAAAUAAUAUGUAACAUCUGCAGUAGACUAAUUAUUACAAAUGUAUUUAAAGUGAAGGUAUCCUUACUAAGGUUGCUUUUCUCUACUCAUGCAUAUACAGACUUGACCAGCAAAAUACCUAACAUCUAACAUUUAUGAGCAUUAUUUCUUGAGUUUUCAUACCCAUUAUGUAUCCAUCAUUUAUAAUCUGUAGCACUGUACUCCUCUGCCAUUACAUGGGACGCAUUACCCAAAUAAAUGUCUUAAAAGUUUACAGUUUGAUAUUAAUGUAGGGCCACAACUUAACAGCAACUGAAGGGGUUUAUAUUGCAGGGAAUAUUAUAUAUUAAUUUUUGAUGACUAAAUCACCCAUCAGAAAAUUAAAUAACAUUUCAGUCCAUCUUGAAUCAUUAACGAGGUGUAAUUACACGACACGAUAAUGAUGCAGGACAGACCGAAACAUCGUCAUAUUUUUAUUUUCUGAUGUAUGGUUUGGUCGUCAUAUCUUCAGCUUGUUAUUGUGACAUCGUCUGCAUAUUAAUUUGUAUUCUAUGCAAAAGUAAAGCUUUCCUUGUUAUAACUUUGUAUUUAAAUUUUUUUUUAUCACUACUCUGACAAGCAACAGUUAAAAUAUUGAGGUUUCAAUAAUUGUAAAAUACAUAUUGCAGAUUUACAUUACUGCAAUAAUGUUUCAAUAAACCUGUAUACAAAACUAAUAAAAUACUGUAAUGUGGAAAAUUUAUAAUGAAUUCCAUAAACAUUUUGGACAAUGUUUGUAUUGUAUUAGUUUUGCAUUUAAUAUUAAUGUAAAAAUAUUGAAAACUUUUGCUAUUUAUUUGAUUUAAAAAUCAAAAUACAUCUGUAAACAAAGUUAUAAGUUGGUAAUUAUUUUAUGCAUAUACUGAUUCCAUAAUGUCAAAAAUAGUACCAAAGGCAAGCUGUGCAAUAAUGCUUGGUGAUUUGUAUUAUUUACUAUAUAGCAGUGAGUACUUUACCUUGUAGCCGUAAUCAAAUGGAAUACAUCACAUGCUUUAGAGAAAUUAGAUACAAAAUAUAAAAUUUAACAUCAUAAUGUAACUCGUAGGAAAGCUAUAAGAAUUUAUUCAUUAAUGUUACACUUGGAUUAAUUUUUUAAUUUAUAUACAGCUCAUUUGUGGUGUUUAUAAUAUUUAUUAUUAUUAUUAUUAACCAACAACAAGGCUAAUAGGAAGGUAAUCUAAACAGAAUAUUUUCCGCUUAAGAUAAAACAUUUUAGGUCUAAACAUUUAUUUCUUCAUAGAUUAAGCUACUUAAAUCUACUACUAAGCUACAAUCAUGCUACUUAAACCAUUUCUAUUUUUGAAAGCAGUAUUAUAAUCUAAAAAGUUUAACAUGUAACCUUAAACAUGCAAUAUGUUUAACCAUUGAUUUGAAUGUGAAUAUUUCAUAAUAUAUUACAGUAAUUCAUGGUUUCUAAUAAACUUCUUAAAAUAUUUGAAUAUGCUGUAAAGGGAUAGACUACGUUGUUCUAAUAUCCUAAAUCUACCAUUUUUUAACUUUUUACAUAUUUCAGAAGUAUGUAUCUGAAUUUGACAAAAAUGUGAUACCAAAGAGUGCCAUACCUCUGUUAGUAACACUACAAAGUUCCAAUACAUGCGAGAUUAGUUUGGUCCUGUGGUCAGCCGAGGUUGGAGAUGUUUUACUGUCUGUGGUAUACCCAGAGUUGCUAUUGGCCAGCACUAUUAUGUCAGUAGACCCGGUCUUGUUAAGGUGCAUGCUUGCUAGCCUUUUUUUUUUUUUAACACCGGGGUUUGCCAUUGUACAAAACUUUGGAAGAUGGCAUGAAGGUCUAAAUAAUGUUAAACUUGAUGCCAAAUCUAAGAAGUAUGGAAGAUCUCACUUCAAGUUUUUUGUUAUGAGAAAUACUUUCAAACAAAUGCAGGGAAGAUAAUUAUGUUUCUCAGUGGUGCCAAGAUCCAUAUAAGGUGCUUAUAUACGAAUAGCUCUUAUAUAAUCCGCUAUUUUAUUUGUCUAAAAUGACAUGUAAUUUGAAGUGAGAAUUCUGUAUAUGCUAUAAUUGCAGUUCAUGUUAAACAUAAAUUUUUUAAUACUUUUCUAUGUACUGUAAAGAUUAUGGACAACUUAUUUAUAACUCUUGUAAUGAAGUUUACAUUUUAUAGUGCUUUGCCAUCAUUAGUAUGAAAUAACUUUCAUCAAAGAAAUACCACUGAAAAUAUAUAUAUAUAAAUUUAACUA